AUGGCAUUCAAGUUCGUAAUUUUCGCCGCUUUCGUAGCCGCCGCCAAUGCUGGCCUCCUCGGAGCCCCAGUCGCCACAACCUACUCAGCCGGCCUGGCUCCACUUGCCCCUGCGCCACUUUUAAGAUCCGGCCCGUUCAUCUCAGCCGCACCAACCUUCGCUCAAGCUCCAGUCUUUAGAUCCGGACCUGUAAUCUCAGCCGCCCCAGCCCUCGCUCCUGCUCCUCUCCUCAGAUCUGCACCCCUCAUCUCUGCCGCUCCAGCCCCAGUGUUGAGAUCGUAUGCUGCCCCACUCGCCCCCGUAGCCGCUCCAUUGGCUUAUUCCACCCCAGUUGCCACCGUCGCUAAAGUAGCCGCCCCACUGGCCGUCGCCAAGACCGUUGUCCAGGAAGAAUACGACCCCAACCCACAAUACUCCUUCGGAUACGAAGUGCAAGACGCUUUGACCGGAGACAGCAAGGGACAAGUGGAAACUCGCAAUGGAGACUUGGUACAAGGAGCUUACGCCGUAGCUGACCCAGACGGUACCAGACGUAUUGUCGAAUACACUGCUGAUCCAAUCAACGGAUUCAACGCAGUAGUUCACAAGGAACCUUUGGCUGCCAAGGCUGUGGUAGCAGCUCCAGCUGUCGCCAAAAUCGCCGCCCCUGUUGCCUAUGCCGCCCCAGCCAUCGCUAAAGUGGCAGCUCCAAUUGCCUCACCUUUGGCGUACUCCACUUCUGUGUUCCACUAAUUUUGUACAGUGUUAACUUAUUUAUUAUUUAAUAUACGGCAAUUUGUUGUGA